UUAAACGGCGAUAGCGUAAAAUUAUUAAAAAAUGUUUUAAAUAGCUUCCAAUAUCGCAGCGCUAGCAAUUUUGCGCUAAAUGCGUUUUUGGAUAACGGUUUAACGUUUGUAACGCGCAAAUUGUUCGGCCAAUAUGGUAUAAAAGGAUUUGGCUUUUUAAAUAGCUUUGCGGGCGCAAAAUUGGGCUUUGGUAAGCUUUUCGAAAAGCUCCGGUAUCGUUUCGGGCAAUUGCUUGUAAACGUUUUAAUAUGCUUAACAAUUAAAAUAGCGGCUACAAAAUACCGUACGUUCCGUAUAAUUAUCCUUAAAAAAGGGCAAACAAAUAAAAUUCCAAUUAUUAUUUUAUUGGAAAUCGAUAAUUUCCCGCAACGGGAGCGCGUUGCAAAUAUUUAUAUAAAACGAAAAAGAAGCAAUGUUCGUUUUAGGGGCAGGUUUAUUAAAAUCGAAAGCGUUGCGGCGGCAUUUGUUGCGCGUUUUACGCUUUUUUUCGGCGGAAAUCUUUUUGCCGCAGCGGUUAAAGCCCGCCGGGGGGUUAUCGGCAAAACGUUUGCGGGAAUUUUAAAAGGUUGCAAGCGCAAAAGGGCUUAA